AGAGCCACUUUUCUAGCUCUCUGGUCCAGCCAUGACUACCUUCAGCAGCCGCAGUUUUGUCUCCUCAGGGGGCUCCCACAGUGGAGGAUCCUUUAGGGGUCCCACUCUGGGGGGAGGCUCCAGGAUGUCCAUGAUGGGAGGUGGCGGCAGCCGACAGAUGAUGUCUGCACGUGCCCCCAGCAUGCACGGUGGUUCUGGAGGAUCUGGUGUGCGCAUCUCCACUGUAUCACGCUCCAUUGGGGGUGGUGGUGGUGGUGCUGCUGCAGGCCUUGGCUAUGGAGCUGCUGGAGGAGCUGGCUUUGGAUUCGGAGGUAGUGGAGGAGCAGGCUUUGGCUAUAGUGGGGGAUUUGGAGGUGGAGAUAUGGAGCUUAAUGUGACAACCAAUGAGAAGGCCACCAUGCAGAAUCUGAAUGACCGGCUGGCGACCUACCUGGCAAAGGUACGGUCCCUGGAGAAGGCCAAUGCUGAGUUGGAGCUAAAGAUCAGACAGUUUGUGGAGCAAAGGACUUCUCCUACAGCCAGAGACUACUCUGCUUACCUGGCCACCAUUCAGGAUCUGCAAGAUAAGAUACACGAAGCUACCAAAAUUAAUGCAAGCAUAUACCUGAACAUUGAUAAUGCUAAACUGGCAGCAGACGACUUCAGAACCAAGUAUGAGAAUGAGCUGGCCAUGCAUCAGUCAGUGGAGGCAGACUCUGCUGGACUUAAGAGACUCUUGGAUGAGCUGACAAUGACAAGGUCAGACCUGGAGAUGGACAUUGAAGGCCUUAAGGAGGAGCUGAUUUUCCUCAAGAAAAACCAUGAGGAGGAAAUGCUAGGGAUGCGCAACCAGAUGUCAGGUAGUGUCAACGUGGAAGUGGAAGCAGCACCUGGAGAAGAUCUGAACCGUAUUUUGGAAGAGAUUCGUGAGCAGUAUGAAGCUGUUGCUGCUAAGAAACGGCGUGAACUAGAAAACUGGUUUGAGGCCAAGGUAGAAACUCUGAACAAGGAGGUGGCCUCCAGCACUGUAGACCUUGAAACUUCUAAGUCGGAGAUCAGUGAGGUCAGACGCACUUUGCAGGGCCUGGAACUUGAGCUCCAGUCCCAGCUUAGCAUGAAAGCAUCUCUGGAGAACACUCUUGCAGAUAUCGAGGCACGCUACUCUAUGAAACUAGCAGGGCUACAGUCUCGGGUGACAGCAAUGGAGCAGCAGAUAGUGGAGCUGAGAGCUGAUAUGGAGCGGCAGUCUCAGGAGUACCAGAUGCUGCUGGACAUCAAGACCCGACUGGAGAUGGAGAUUGCUGAGUACAGGAGGCUGCUGGAUGGAGAGGGUGGCAGUGUCAGCUCUGGAUCCACUCGCUCUGUGAAAGUCAAGACCAUUGUGGAAGAGGUGGUUGAUGGGAAAGUGGUGUCCUCUUCAGUUGAAACAAAAUAAAUGUAAUAAUAUACAACUGCUAUAAUAAGACACUGAUCAAAAUUCUGUUUGCAACUUUCAAAACAAAGA